AUGCUUUCCUGGAUUACAGGCUCCAAGGGCCUUGAAGAGGAUGAAGAUGCCUUUCCUGAGGUACCAGAGACACCAGCCCAUGUUUUUGCAGCACGCGCAUUCAAACAUGCCAUCUUUGGCACCCCUGCUCCUCCUAAUGAGGCCAACUAUGCCCAAGAAACCGCGACCACACAAUCGGUCGAAAUCGAUUCGAAGCCACGCACUAUGCCUGUAGAAAUGCCUACACGAUCCAAACCCGACAUCGAUGCCAUCGUACUGCCUUCAGCUCCUGGAUUGUCGCCCACCAAACCGAAUGGCAUUCUCAUGACCCCUGGAACUACCAGACGAAACAAGACUGUCUCUUUUGGAGCUCACGUCCUUGACAAUGAGUCCAAAAAGCAGGGUGGAACUGCUCUCUCGAGUACUUUCCCCGGGAGUGGCCUCGCCCAACCAAGCUCGACUUCGAACAGAGCACGAACCAAGCUCACCGCCCAGCUUCAAGAGGUUCGCGACUCGGCGCAAAAGGGAAAGACCAACCACACCCAGAGAGCCAAAGACGACACUGACCUGACCAUGGACUAUAUGGAGCCACGCUCACAAUCGGGAAAGUACUGGAAGAGAGAGUAUGAGUCGUAUGCCGACAACACUCAGCGCGAAAUGAAGAAACUCGUCAUCAAACAGAAAGCUGCAAAGGAUUAUGCAAAGGAAAAGGAGGACGAAGUCGCCGACUUGAAAACCCAGCUGCGUCAGGAAAGACUCAAGGUCGAAAGGCUUGAAGCCAAGACAAACGAGUUGGCUGCGCAGAUGAAGGAGUUCGAAAAGAAGAUGAUGGGUCAGACAGGUCAGGACACGCAGAAGGAUAUUGCCAGGUUCAAGGCUGAGAACGAGCACCUCCGCCACGACCCUGAUCAAGUGCUGGGCAAGCAGAGUGGCAUUGCCAACAGUCCCAAGCGCAAAACGCCAAAAUCGGUCCCUGCAAACGAUCUCUGGGCGAAUGCUGCAUUCUCAAGCCCUUUUCUGGACAAUGCGGCAGAUAGGGACCAAUCACCGCUACGAGCACGAGACAUGAACAUUCAAGGCCAGACGCCUAGAAACGAAAAGCCAAAGGUGACCAAGACUGUUCAUGCAAAGCGACUCAGUGAAGAUACGGUCGAUAUCUCAUUGGCUCUUCCACAACCAUCUCCCGAGCCCUUACCUCGCGCUACACCUCGCAGUAGCAGAAAGUCCACAGCAGACAUGACUAUCGAUGAGCUGGUCGAAAAGUACUCGCCAGAGAAACCGCAGUUCGACCGUCUUGCUCUGCCCUUGGGAAUUGGUGCGCUGAACUUUGGUUCGAGCAAACCUGAGAUGAAACCCAUGACCAGCCCGACCAAGACUGGAGCUAGAAUCGCCAGUCUAAGUGACGAGAGGUUGGCCAAAGCACAAGCACGUAUCGAGGCACGAAGGCUGUCCAAAUUAGCUGCAGCAUGA